AUGAAGACCUUCGCUAGCCUCGCGAUGGCACUGCUCGCCGCCUCGCCAGCAGCCGCCCAUUACAGGUUCAACAAGAUCAACAACAAUGGAGUAUUCCAAUACAUUCGGGAGAACACUAGCAACAACUCCCCUGUAACGGAUCUCGCUUCGAACGACCUGCGAUGCAACACCGGCGCGAAAGGUGAAGGAACGGACACGACCGCUGUCCAAGCAGGUAGUUCAUUCACCUUCUCACUCGACCAAGCGGUAUACCACCAAGGCCCGGUCACAGUCUACAUGUCAAAGGCCCCCGCUGCCGCCUCGGCAUACGUUGGUGAUGGAGACUGGUUCAAGAUCGCGGAGGAGGGCCCGACCUUCAGCGGUGGCUCCUCGACGUGGCCCAUGAGGGCUAGCUACACAUACAGCAUCCCCACUUGCAUCGCCAACGGGGACUACCUGCUCAGGAUCGAGCAGCUGGGUAUCCACAACCCCGGCUCGCCGCCACAAUUUUAUUUGAGCUGCGCCCAGGUCACCGUGUCUGGUGGUAGCGGCGGCUCUCCUUCGCCGACGACUAAGAUCCCCGGCCACGUUAAGGCCACUGACCCGGGCUACACCGCUAACAUCUACAACAACUUCACCAACUACACCAUCCCUGGCCCCAAGAAGAUUCAAUACCUUGAUGCCGUGCACCUGUUCAGUUAG